CGUGUGAUGCCCACAUUACCCAGAAAAUCAGCACGGCGCAUCUCGUCUCUGCAAGUCUAGCGAGCUGGGGAGAAUAUCGUCGAGAAACCAAUGUGCGAAGCUGCUAACUAGUAUAUUUCACCAUGCGGACGGGGUGCUAGAGCUUAGGAACGCUGUCAGCUGUUCUACUGAACAUCAUUUAGGGUGCGAGGAAGAUAUUCCCGGCUCACCGGCUCCGCUUCGACCACUCAGGUGCAUAAAACAGCUGACAAAGGAUGGAAUUCAAGCAGCUGGUUGACACAGCCGAGAAAUGGUGCUCCGGCAACCCAUUUGAUCUCAUCUUCGCGGAGGAGAUAGACGAGAGACGGUUGGAUUUCUAUGCAGAACCGGGGAUCUCGUUCUACGUCCUGUGCCCAGAUAACAUGAAUGGCGGUACAGACAAUUUUCACGUGUGGAGCGAGAGUGAAGACUGCCUGCCAUUCCUGCAGCUGGCCCAAGACUACAUCUCCUCCUGUGGGAAGAAAACUCUGCUGGAGAUUCUGGACAAGGUCUUCAGAUCCUUCAGGCCUCUCCUCGGUCUUCCUGACAUUGAUGACGACACCUUCGAGGAGUACCACGCGGACGUGGAGGAGGAGCCUGAGGCCGACCACCAGCAGAUGGGCGUCAGCCAACAGUAACGCCUUCCAGCAGGGGUCGAGGGAGGCAGAGAGAACCUCCACUGCCCUACUCCUAUACUCCUGUACACACACAUAAACACACACACAGACACACAGAUAAACACACACGCACACACACACAGGACAGCCAGCUGAACUGCACCACGUUACCCUACCCUUUAACUGCUCGACAGCUAAGCUUUCCAAAGUAGUACACUCUCAAUAGGCUUCUUAAUACCACUGCCCAUCUUCCCGACAAACAGAGAAAAAAACAGGGUGGUUGCUGGGAUAUUGUCAGAUGAACAGUUCAUGUAAUUAAGUCCCACCUCCACACAUGUACAGUAUCAACACACAUCUCCUGCUGUAGACCAGUUUCUUAUUUUAGCUGAAAUUGUUUUUUCAAAAGGUUGAAUGCAGUGAUGUGACUGCAGCAGCUGAUCAGCACUCACCGUGUCAUUGGUUGGUUUGCUGUUUGUUUUGUGUUCAGGAGCGGGCAAUGAAACAACACCAAUAGGAAAGAACAGUAGCAAUGAUAGGACUGACCAACGUGUGUCACAGGCAGCAAAGUCCCAACAUGUCAUAAUGAAAUGUUAUCACAACUGAACCUGUGUACUGGGGAUGUGUUGGAGAUGUUUCUGUCCAUUAAAAAGGGUUUAUUGUGUGUUAGGGAUGAAAUGAAUGCAUAUGUGUAUGUGCUUGUGGGUUUAAGACACAUGCAUGGCAAUAAAUCCCUUUGAUCGUUGAAGUGAAUCAAAACAACAUGCUUAAUUUAAUCUCACGGGGGAAGUCAUUUCAUCAGAUUGCAGUGUUGCACAUGAUAAUUGAAGUGUACUAUUUAUUUUAAACGAACAGCUCUUUUGAAGAAAUUUCUUCAGUCUUGAAGAUUCAGAGAACACUUAAAAGUUAAUUGCUCGCAAUUAUCAUUAAUUACAGGGACAGCAUAUAAUGGUGUGUGAUGGUAGCACCUCUGCCUCCAAGCUAGCCUAGCUUCACAGCCCCCACAACACCUUCUGUGAUGUUUCAGAAAUAACAAUAGUAGCGAUUCCUGCAUCUUUCAUCAAUAAAGGAUAUCAGAGCGUUCGUUGGA